UAACGGACGUGCAUAUGAACACAUUCGAACCGCAUUGAUUGUGGAUGUCAUUCUCUGACGAUGAUCACAAGACACGUGGGUUCCGUUCACAAUUCGUUUCCAAUCAUAUGAUCAAAUCCGGUUGCAUUUUUCUUCAUAUUCUUGAUUCAAUUUCUCUCUUUCUUCUUUCUGAUUACUUUAUUACUUGUUUCCCAUAACCAUAAUCGCCACACCCACAAGAAAUUUUGUCCAUAUUUUAAGGUCUCUAACCCCGAUCAAGCGAAAACCCAAUUGGUUUCCAUCUGUUUCUCGUCAAGAUCCGCUAAUCAUGGCAACUAAAGCGAAGCAAGGUGAUAAUAAAACUAGAAGAUCUUUUUCCGUAUUCUUAAUAUUCGGCUUGUGCUGUUUCUUCUACCUCUUGGGCGCAUGGCAAAGAAGCGGUUUCGGGAAAGGAGACACGAUAGCUCACGAAAUAACAAAAAACGCUGAUUGUAGCGUCGUAUCAAAUCUAAACAUCGAGACCCACCAUGGUGUUGGCGUGAAGAACUCAAACGAUCUACGAUCCGAAACUAAGGUUGUUCCACCAUGCCACGAUCGGUUCAUCGAUCACACACCUUGUCACGAUGAUAACGAGAAGCUACACUGUCUUAUUCCAGCCCCGAAAGGCUACGUUACUCCGUUUCCGUGGCCCCAAAGCCGUGAUUAUGUGCCGUUUGCUAAUGCAGCUUAUCAAAACUUGACGGUUGAAAAGGCGGAAAAUUGGAUACAAUUUGAAGGAAAUGUUUUUAGGUUUCCCGAUAGAGUGAAACAGUUUCCUCAUGGGGUUGAUGCGUAUAUUGAUCAAAUAGCAUUGGUUAUUCCAAUCGGCAAUGGGGUUGUUCGAACUGCUCUCGACACUGGGUGCGGGGCUGCAAGUUUGGGUGCGUACCUAUUCAAGAAAAACGUUAUUACCAUGUCAUUUUCACCAAAAGACUCACACGAACCACAAAUUCGGUUCGCACUAGAAAGAGGCGUUCCCGCAUUUGUCGGUGAUCUCGACACUAUAAAGCUUCCAUUUCCGUCAAGAUCCUUCGACAUGGCUCAUUGUUCUCAAUGCUCGAUCCCAUGGACCCAAAAUGAUGGAAAGUAUAUGAUAGAAAUUGAUCGAGUUUUGAGACCCGGGGGCUAUUGGGUGCUUUCGGGGCCGCCUAUUAACUGGAAGGCGAAAUAUAAAACAUGGCAACAUUCGAAAGAAGAACUCGAAGAUGAACAAAAGAAAAUUGAGGAAAUUGCUAAACUUCUUUGUUGGGAGAAGAAACACGAGAAAGGUGACAUGAUGAUAUGGAGGAAAAGAGUAAAUACAGAUUAUUGUCGAGAAAGAGAAUCGCGUGUUACCAUUUGUCAACCGUCAAGUGCCGAUGAUAUAUGGUACAAAGAAAUGGAGGCAUGUGUUACCCCGUACCCCAAAACAAGCAACAGAGACGAGGUUGCCGGUGGUGAAUUAAAACCGUUCCCACAAAGACUUAACGAUGUUCCUCCAAGAAUUUCAAGUGGUUCCAUACAUGGAAUCUCUUCCGAGUCAUUUGAAGACGACAACAAGUUAUGGGUUAAACAUGUGAAUGCUUACAAGAGGGUGAACAAGAUUAUUGGUAUAGGGCGUUAUCGUAAUAUCAUGGAUAUGAAUGCCGGUCUUGGAAGUUUUGCGGCUGCACUUGAAUCCCCGAAAUCUUGGGUAAUGAAUGUGAUGCCGACGAUAGCCGGUAAAGACACUCUUGGUGUCGUUUAUGAGCGAGGCUUGAUUGGAAUGUAUCAUGAUUGGUGUGAAGCCUUCUCCACGUAUCCUAGGUCAUAUGAUCUUAUUCACGCUAACGGUCUUUUCAGCUUGUACAAAGACAAGUGUAGUUAUGAGGACAUCCUUUUAGAGAUGGAUAGGAUUUUAAGACCUGAAGGUACUGUUAUAAUCCGCGACCACGAGAUUGAACUGAUAAAAGUGAAAAAAAUAGUUUCCGGAAUGAGGUGGAACACAAAAAUGGUGGAUCAUGAAGACGGUCCUCUUCUUCCAGAAAAGAUACUGUUUGUAGUCAAACAAUAUUGGGUUGCUGCAGGCGAAAACAGUUCACCGUCUUCAAGAUGAUUGUGACUUGAUUCUUUUUCGAAUUUUUUGUUGUUUGGUUUAAAUAGUGUUUGAAGUAGGUUUGUUAGAUUAGUAUAAUUGGUAUAACAUCUGUUUGUGUAAGUUUCUCAGUUUGGCUUGGUGCACAAUGUAAACAAUAGUUUUGAUAUCAAUGUUAUAAUUACAGUUACUUGAGCCA